AUGCCGAGUCGAUUACGGGAUUACGUGCAAGAGAGCGGACGGGCGGGAAGAGACGGUGAGCCGAGUGAAGCAAUUGUCGUGGUCGAGCGAGCACGGGCGACGAUAAGCAGCAGUUGGCCGCCGAAAGAGGCGGCGGUAGAGAGGUUUAUCAGCGGAAAGUGGUGUCGCCGUGUGGUAUUGGAUCAGAUGAUGGAUGGUCGAUUGGAUCGCGCGGGUUGCGACGACAAGGUGGAAGAGAUAUGCGAUAUAUGCCGGCGACAGAGAGAUCAGUUGAUGUUUGAAGCGGAUAUAUCGUGGGUUGAGAACGAGGACACAGGUAGUGGGAAAGGCAUGGAAAUGGCAGAUCAAUAUGGAGGACAGGUAACAGAAGGAGAGAUCCAGGCACGAUUUGAGCAGGCCGGGCGGAGCAUACGAUACGAGCAAUUCAAGGCGAGGCAAGACGAGAUACGCAUCCAUCAGGAGGUGGAGACAUUCGAGCAAGAGUUGGGACAUAUGGUCGGCCGGUGCAUAGGUUGUUUCAUGGCAACAGGCGUUAUAGAGGAAGAUCAAUUACACAGGAGAGAUGAGUGCCCGUUAUGGGACAAGAGAUGGUGGGAUGACAUGGCGCGAGCGGAAGAGAAGUGGCAGAAAAGCAUGUUUACAAAAGGGGUCAUGGCGGAUCAUUCCGGUUGUUUUUGGUGUGGCAUGCCGCAAGCGAUUUGCACACAUUGGGAGCCGUUGGACAACGAUCAAGGAAGAUUCAAGUUAAAGAAGGAUGGGGUAUGUCAAUAUGCAGGCGUAUUGGUAUGUGUAUGGGCAGCCGUCGGUCGGAUGCAUCCCGACAUAGCAGAUGCAGUGGUCGGGGAGUUAGAUGCAGCACGAGAUUAUGAGUGGCAAGAGGCCGAAGACCGCGUAGAGCGCAGUGGCGGGAUGGGAUUGAAGCGAGGUCAGAUAGAGUUUGAAAUAGAGCGAGAAGAGAUACGGAGGCGGCGGUUCGAGCGAUUGCAUAGGGCCGAUAUGAGAGGGCAGUUAAAGCAGAUGAUGGGCGAGUCAGCCGAGUUUCGAGGGUUGCAGGAGGCCGUAAUCCGAACCGUGGUGCGCGGGGAUGGGCCGAUUGUGCAGAUAACGCCGACCGGAGGUGGCAAGAGUUUGACAUUCAUGUUGCCGGCGUUUUGCACGCCGGACGGCAUGACAAUUGUGGUGACGCCGUUAGUGGCAUUAGAGAACGACAUGGAGGAGCGGUGCAGAAAGAUGGGGAUUGACGGAUAUGUGUGGAAGAGCCGGGGAGUGCAACGGGGUGCAUCAUUGGUGUUCGUGACGCCGGAAUCGGCCGUGACGAAAGGGUUCCGAUCAUUCGUGGAGAGAAUGCAUGGGCAGGAAAAGUUAGACCGGGUCAUGGUGGAUGAGUGUCACACGGCAUUGGAGUGGACGAAAACAUUCCGGCCGCGGAUUGGGCAGUUGGGGUCAGCAUUACAGGAGUUCGGGUUACAGGUCAUUUGUUUAACGGCGACAUUGAAGAGGACAGAAGAGCGGUUGUUAUAUGCACAGUUAGGGUUUGAAGCCGAACGCGUGCGUUUAUUCCGAGAACGAACGACACGGCGGAAUAUUGAGUACCGGGUGGAGAUCAUUGAGGAUAGGGAGGGGGAAGGAGUAGGCCGCCGCAGUGGUGGUCAGCGAUCGGCGCAGGAAGGGGCAAGACGAUGGAAGCAGAAUGGAUCAGCAGCAAAAGAACAACAAAGGUGA